AUGGACGGACCACUCCCCGACUACUACCGCACCCUCGGCGUCUCUCCCACGGCAUCGGCGGCAGAGGUCAAGGAGGCCUACAAGCGCGCCUCGCUCCGCACCCAUCCCGACCGCUUCCCAAACGCAACCCCCCAGGAGCGACAGCGCUACACCCAGCGCUUCCAGACCCUCGCAGACGCCUACUACGUCCUCUCCGACUCCCAGCGCCGCCGCGAGUACGAUCAGCUCCGCUCCUCCCGCCCCUCGUCGUCCUUCUUCUCCUCGGCCUCGUCCGAGGAAGACGACGACUUUUCGGAAAAGGAGCAGGGCGCCAGCGCAAACUUCUUCGAAAGCUUCUUCCGCGGCGCCUUUAGCUCAGACGCGCCAAAGACCGAGUCCGACGACGGAAGCUCGGAGCGCGCCAACCCCAACCAGCCCCAGGCAGACGGCGUCUUUGCCGACGUCUUCGAGGAGCUCCUCCGUCCAGAGGUACAGCGCGUCGCCCCCUUCUGGAAGUGGGUCGGCGGCGCUUCCGGCGGAGCCCUCGGCUUCAUCGUCGGCAACGUCCCCGGCGCCCUCGGCGGCGCCUUCCUCGGCGGUCAGCUCGGCCGCAUCCGCGACGCAAAGGGCAAGAGCGUCGCCGAAGUCUUUAUGGGCCUGGCUGCCGGUCAGCGCGCCGAGGUCCUCACCCGCUUGCUCCAAAAGACGCAGACUCCGCCGGGCGUUGCCGGGCCUGCUCGAGGAACAGUCCCGAAGCAGCCGCGCUACUCGACCAUCUAUGACCUCGCAGCGGGAAGAUGGUCGAGGGCGAGCCACUCGAAGCUAGCGAUCGGCAGCGCCCGGAACGGCCCCUCUGCCGCGCAGCUGUCCAGCCCGCAUCUCGUCCACCGAGGUUCGACCAUCGACCCAGCACCGACGGCAGCGAAGCCGCAGCGAGCUGGUGGCCAGGAUGCCCAUAUGCAGCUUGUUAGCGACAGCCUGUUGCUGAUCCGCGACCAGAACGGCGACUACCGUGGGCCGGUCGCGGGUCCGUCGGCGCUCGGCCGGCAAAAGGCCGCCACCAGCGACACGGCCUGGCGAGAUGCGGACCGAAUGUCAACAUCGCGAUCGACCCACAUUCCAGCACACGUUGACGCUGCUCGCGUCCGCAGCACUCUCACCAACCGCGACUAUGAGCGCGCCCGCGAUCGCGACCGGAGAGCCAAGGUCCGCUCCCGCUCUCGGCACCGUCAGCGCAUCGGCUCGACGUCUCGGCUUGGGUCAGAGUCGGCUGCUGCAUCCAGCGCCGCUGACAUUGAUGCAGAGGCAGUAGUCGACGGUGUCGAUGCCUUGCGACGGGACGUCGGAGCCCCCAUCCUGUAUGAAGACGAUGACCUGUGGAACAUGCGCGAAGAGCAGCGCUACCUCGAAGACGCCUACGGAUGGACGGCACCCGAUACCACCGAACCCUCGCCGGCCAUGCCCGACUCGUCGCUCAUGGAGUGCCUGCACCAUCACGCCGCGCAGUACCUGCACCGGGCGGGUCACCUUGGACCGUGGUCCGAGGCUGCGAUGAUACGACCCGCUCUUGUAUCCAACGGCCGCUUGGCCGGUGCGACCCAGGAUACGGGCCCGAGGCACAGCGAUGACGAGGAGAAUGUUCAGCAUGGAGACUCUCGCUCGCGCUCCGGCGAAACUGCGAGUUCCGGGCAUGUCCGCAGCCAGUGGCUGCAGCACCUGGUCGGUCAUCGCAGCGACAUGCACCGGCGGCUCGAUCCGAGCGCUCUCGUGGCGCUCGCCGUCUUUGUCGAGGAGUACGUGGCGGCCAUGGUGGAGCCGGCCCUUCGAGACCGCCAGCUGUUGCGGGACAAGCAAGCGCCGCAGCAGACGCUGCCAGCCGAGGAGACCGAUGCGACGCGCUUCUGGCAGGAAGCCCUCCUCGCCGAACAUGCCGACCAGGAGGCGCCCUUGGAGGGCCAGCUCGACAAUCAACAGCCUUUGCAGAACGACUCGACGGCGACAGCAGCGGCUGAUCCAUCGCCUCAGGGUACCGAUCAAGCCGGCGCUGAAGGCACCGAGGCUGCACAUUCGCACAUGCCGGCAUUGGACGAUGUCGAUCAAAGGCACCCGUCAGACUCCGCGGCUGCCCUGCGACGCCGCCAGCAGCGCCUGGCGAGGCUCGAAGCCAGGGCUAUGCGAUUCGAUGCCCUGUCUUGGGAGCGGCCCUUGUCGCCUUCUGCAGCGGAUACGGACGCAGGCACAAGAGUCGCCGCCAUGGCUGCAAGGGACGGACCAUCCGCUGCUGGUGAUGCGAACGCGAGCGCACAAGCGGAGAGGUCGCUGGCCGCCCCGACGGAGCCCAGCACAUCGUCCGCCUCCAGUCCCGGUCCUGCCCGACACCUGGGCAAAGAAGCAGAGCAGGCAGCGACAUCGGCCGUCGACGGGACGAUCCGCCCUUCCGAUGCCGACCACCUCGUCCGAUACCAGCAGCCUCUGCCCCCCGUCGUGGCAGCCGCGAGGUACGGCCAGCAUCCGAUCUCGCCAGGGCUGCGGGGGCGAGGAGCGACGAGCACCGUGCAGGACGACCUCGAAGAGAUGAUCGUCGCUGCCGAGGAUGGAUGGGUGCCUCGGGACUGGUACAGGGCGCUGCUUGACGAGAUGCCAGAGAGACGGCAAAGGGCGAGGAAGCGCGGUCGGAAGCGACGACGUCGUCAAGCCGGCCAAGCGAGAGCGGAGGUGGAUGCAGAUGCGGAUGCGGAUGCGGAUGGGGAUGCGGAUGCGGAUGGCGGUGAGGAUGCGCAAGGGCGGGAGGGCGUGACGCAUCUGCCGGAGUGGGAAGUGGUGCACAGCGACGAGGAACUCGAGUUCAGUCAGCUACCCCAACCUGCCGCGAGGGCAGGCGACGCCCACGAGUCUGCCGCUGGCGAGCGGGAUGGGAUGGACGUCGAACCCACCUCGCCGACCGAGACGGACAGAGACGCCGCCGCCGCCGACGACGACGGGUGGGACGAGGAGGAGGAGACGGCCAUUGACCCGAGACUGGUCUCGCCGCGACCGACGAAAAAGCGGCGGAUCGACGACGACGCGACAUAG